ACUCCCACUGUCAGCGCCCGUGUGGUGCUCAUACUCUGCCUUAUCUUUUGCGGUCCUUCUUCUCGACUCACGUUCUGCCAAGUGCGAAGUUCAUUGUCCCCGCUCUAACGUCGCAACUCUCCUCCUUUGCACUCGGUAUCUCACCGGAAGAGAAAGUGAAGUGACAAACGGACCAUGGACUCAGGGUCGAAUGGUCAAGUGAACGUUAGUGGAGUGGGAUCACAGGCCAAGAGACUACUUACAGCACAAGAAGUGGCAGCACAUAGCUCCCGCGAGAGUUGUUGGAUUAUCGUUCAUGGGAACGUGUACGACGUGACAGACUUCCUCGAUGGCGGGAGCAAGAUUAUCCUCAAAUACGCAGGCAAAGAUGCAACGAAAGAAUAUGACCCUAUACACCCUCCUGAUGCGAUCACGACCAAUCUCAAACCGGAUAAACACCUUGGACCUGUCGACCGCAGUACAAUUAACCAAAUUGCCUUGGAUGAUCCGAUGAGCGAGGAAGAGCAGGCGAGACAGGCGCGGAUCAAUUCACGCCCGAGGCUUUCGGAGAUCCUGAACUUGCAUGAUUUCGAGGCGGUUGCGAGACAAGUGAUGCCCGAGAAGGCGUGGGCAUACUAUUCGUCCGCGGCGGAUGACGAGAUUACGCACAGGGAAAACCACGCUGCGUUUCAUAGAAUAUGGUUCCGUCCGCGCAUCCUCAGAGACGUGACGAAGGUCGACUGGUCGACGAGGAUAUUAGGACAUAAGUCAAGUAUGCCAGUUUACAUCACAGCUACGGCGUUGGGAAAGCUUGGCCAUCCUGAUGGCGAGCUCAACCUCACACGUGCCGCAGCCAAACACGGGCUUAUUCAAAUGAUUCCGACAUUGGCAUCCUGUUCGUUUGACGAGAUCGUCAAGUCCUUAUUUUUCCAGUUGUACGUAAACAGGGACCGUUCGAUCACGAAGCGAAUAGUGCAACACGCCGAGGGCCGUGGAAUCAAAGCACUCUUUAUCACGGUCGAUGCGCCGCAACUUGGCCGACGCGAGAAAGAUAUGAGGCAGAAAUUCGAUGCAGAGGACCCUUCCGAGGUGAGUAAGGCGGGCCAAGGAAACGUGGACAGGUCGCAAGGUGCAGCGAGGGCCAUCAGUUCAUUCAUCGACCCAGCAUUGCAAUGGGCAGACUUAGAUUGGUUCAGGAGUAUUACGAAGAUGCCCCUGAUUCUGAAAGGCGUGCAAAGUUGGGAGGAUGCUCUCGAAGCUUACGAUCGCGGUCUCGCUGGGGUUGUCCUCUCCAACCAUGGCGGACGCCAGCUGGAUUUUGCCCGCUCAGGUGUAGAGGUUCUUGUCGAAGUCGUUUCAAAGCUAAAGGAGAAACGCGGGCUCAACUUCCCGAAUGAGAAGUUCCAGCUGUUUGUGGAUGGUGGCGUGCGACGCGCUACCGAUGUGAUCAAAGCGGUCGCGCUCGGGGCUACUGCUGUUGGAAUUGGCAGACCCUUCCUGUAUGCUUAUUCCUCAUACGGACCAGACGGCAUCGAUAAGGCUUUGCAGAUACUACAUGAAGAAUUCGAGAUGAACAUGCGUCUCCUCGGAGCGCGCACAAUUGCAGAGAUCGUACCGGAGAUGGUGGACGCAUCCAACAUCCACACACAUGUGGUCCCCGUUCCAAUGGAUAACCUAUAUGAGGGCAACUACUUCCUUGGAGCCCGUCUCAAAGAGGUUAAGCCCAAGCUGUAGUGUGCCCUUACCUUGUCGCCGUCAUGGCAAAAAGCUUGACGUAGUUGUAUGUUACCCUCCAAUAUGCGCUGACUAGUCACGGAACCCAAUUGGAGCACGUGUCAUGCUGUGCAAUCUCAACGAUAUAUCUAUAUACGUGCUGUUCUUUCAGAUUCCUGCAACAUAUAUCAUCCUUUCCAGACUCGCUUGUUGGAUUGGAUUCAUGUGGCGUGCAAGAAGGAAUGAUGCGUGUAGUCGGACGCUGGACGGCAACCCUAGUUCAUGUCUAUCAGGAGGAGCACCAUUCACAAGUGAUCCGCGGCGAUUUGAGGAGCUACUUGUUGGAGAGG